AUGAGUGAUGUCUAUGGAAAUAAUGCUAGUGCAAGCUCGAGCUCGAGCUUGAAUAGCAGCUUACAAGAUACCGAUGAUGAUCACACGAUUGCUGCACUGUUAGCCGAGGACGAGAGAUUGAGAGUUGGUGGCCGGCUUGGCAAGAGGCUUUCUCAUUUGGACUCGAUCCCGCACACUCCUCGGGUUAUUGGGAGCAUACCAGAUGCAAAUGACGCGACAUUAGACCAUGAGAGGCUAGCUCAGAGGCUGGCUACAUAUGGCUUGGCUGAAAUGCAAAUUGAGGGAGAUGGUAACUGCCAGUUUCGAGCCCUUUCAGACCAGUUAUUUCAGAAGCAAGAUUACCACAAAUAUGUUAGAAAAGAGGUCAUCAAACAGUUUGAAGCCAAAAUCUGCUUGGUCACAUCUUUUCGCGACACCUGUUACAUUGAAAUCCUUCCGAAAGACAUAACUCCUGCCAGAGAGUUGUGGCUGAGCUUCUGGAGUGAAGUUCACUAUAAUUCCCUUUAUCAAGCUGGAGAGGUUCCUAUAAGAACACAGAGGAAGAAGCAUUGGCUUUUCUGA